AUGGAUAAAAGAAAAGUAUUUGAUAUUUUUAAAUUUCGUGAAGUUACUAAAAAAGAUAAUUUUCCGCUUACAGACAAUAUGGAUACUCAAGAAAAAAAUGAUCAACUAGUAGACGAUCCAGAUCCAUGUAGCACUCAAACAGAAACUAUUCAGGUUCAGGACAGACCCAUUGAAAAACCCUUUUUACUUGUAUCUAGCUCAACAUUUGCAAAUAGUUUAGAUACAGAUCUUGGAGAUAUGGACUCGGGUCCUAUAAGGCCUAUGUUAAAGGUUUAUCCAAAAACCAAAUUCGGCACACAAAAUCGUUCAUUCACAUCAGUUUACUAUACACAUUUUGAUUGGGUUGAGUAUAGCAUUAAAAUGAAUGCAGUAUUUUGCUUUGCUUGCCGCAUCUUUUCAAAUGACUAUGGAAAUUCAGAAAACACUUUAACUAUUACUGGAUUUUCUAAUUGGAAAAAGUAUGGUCAAGAGUCGUCUCUAUUAGAAUUGGGCAUUUCCUACAAGCAUUAUUCUGAUUACAUUGUACCUAUUCUACCGCCUCAAAUACCGAUCCAAGCAACGAUCGAAGCUUGUCAAGCUCAAUCAAUUAUUGUAUCAAUCAAUUAUUAA